GUACAAACAUUACCAAGAUAACGGUUGAAUUUCCAUGAUGAUGAUGAUGAUUUUUGGUGAUUUUGGCGUUAUAUAAAUCGAUUGGCAAUCGAUUCUUAUCAACCGACGACUACGAUUAAAAUCAAAUUUUGUCUCUCUCUUUGUGUGCGUGUCUCUCUCUCUCUCUUUCUCGUUUUUUUUCCAAAAACGGAAUCUCCAGCAAAAUUCAAAUUCCGGAAAUCCGAUCAAUUGUGAUUUGUUCAUCAAGUUUGUUGACAUUUUGAUUGAUUGAUUGAAAUCCUGAAUUUUCCCCAUCGCAAGUAAAGUGAAAUCGUCAUUUACAAACACAGAGUGAAUAUUGAAUGAUUGUUGUGUUGUUGUUGAUUGGUUGUGUGUGCUAUCGUUUUGGUUGUUAUUGUCAUCAUUAUCAUUAGUGAAAAUUAAUCGAUCCAAAAAAAAUGACUCGAGAAAGUCGAAAACAAAAGAUGCGUUCCUUGUUAAAGGAAAACCUUUUACCCAUAUGUACAUGUGCCGGUGUUUUAGCGGCCAUCCUUGUCGGUAUUAUUGUACGGGCAAGCAGCCAAAAUCGUUGGAAUGAUCGUCAAUUAAUGUAUCUGGAAUUUCCUGGUGAACUUUUUCUUCGUGCCUUAAAAUGUCUUACAAUUCCAUUGAUUGUAUCGAGUUUGGUUUCAGCACUUGGUUCAUUGGAUGCGAAAAUUUCCGGUAAAAUUGGUAAACGUGCACUAAUCUAUUAUGCUGCAACAACUGCCAUUGCUAUUUCAUUGGGAAUUUUUCUCGUUCUAACAUUACAUCCUGGUUCAAGUAAAGUAGAGCAAGAGGCGGCAUCUAUCGGUGGUGAAGCACCAAAAUUAUCACGAAAAAUUACCACGCCAGAUACGGUUCUGGAUUUAAUCAGGAAUCUUAUUCCAGAUAAUGUUGUUCAAACUGCUUUUGCUCAAUAUGCUACGAAUUUAGUUCCACCGUCAUCCAAUUCGAAUGAAACUGACCUAAGUAAAUGGCAAAUCAAAUCCGGUCAUUCUAGCGGAAUCAAUGUCUUAGGUUUGGUGACACUAUCCAUUGUUACGGGAAUAUUUGUCGGGAAAUUGUCACGUUUGGGACGACCAUUAUUGCUGGACGUAUUUAAUGAUUUAAGUGAAAUGACUUUGCAGAUUACCAAUCAAGUGAUAAAAGCAACACCUAUCGGUGUUGCUUUUCUAAUUCUACCAAGAAUUAUUGCCGUUGAUGAUGCUGGUCAAUUAUUUCGUUCGGUUGGUUUUUUCACUUUUACCGUUAUUCUUGGCAUAUUGAUACACGGAUUACUAAUUCUGCCGGGAAUUUAUUACCUAAUCGUAAGGAAAAACCCUUAUAGAUUUAUACUGAAUCAAGGUGAAGCAUUAUUAACUGCGUUCGGUACGGCAUCAAGUACAGCAACAUUACCAUCAAGCAUAGCAUGUUUGGAAGAGAAAAACCAUGUAAAUCGUAAUGUUGUACGCUUUGUUGUACCAAUCGGAGCCACCAUUAAUAUGGAUGGAACAGCAUUGUAUGAAGCUGUUGCAGCCAUUUUCAUUGCACAAUCACGUGAAGUUGAUAUGGAUUUUGCCAGAGUUUUAAUCGUUAGCAUUACAGCAACGGCAGCUUCAGUUGGUGCAGCUGGCAUUCCGCAGGCUGGCCUAAUUACCAUGGUUAUCGUAUUGAAUGCAUUAGGAUUACCACCAGAAGAUAUAUCGCUGGUUUUUAUUAUCGAUUGGUUGGUUGAUCGUAUUCGAACACCAAUCAAUGUGUUGGGUGAUGCAUUCGGUGCUGCGAUUGUGGAACAUUUAAGUCGCGAUGAUCUAGAUCAAUUGGAACAACGUCAACAACAAACUUCAAAUGCCAAAACAAUAACAAAUGGAGCCAAACAACAUAAUCAUCAAAUCCAACCAACAUCAUCACCGAUACCGAAAUUGGUCAUACAACACCCAUCACCAUCCCCUCCAUUACGGAAUGAUUAUUCAAAUCAAGCAUUCGAUUCAGAAUUUGAUGAUGAAAAACUUUGAAAAAUUCUUUGUUUUGAUUGUUUGUUUGUAUAUAAUAAUGACCUACCAAAUACCAAAUUACCAAAUUUUUUCAUUA